AUGUUAACAAUUCGUCCUAGUCGUGAAGAUGAUAUUCCAGCUAUUACUGCGAUAUACAGUUACUAUGUAUUGUAUAGUACAUAUACAUUUGAAACUAUACCACCUACAAUAGAUGAAAUGGCUAAUCGACGUGCUGAUGUUCUUAAGAGUAAUAUGCCUUAUCUUGUAGCAGAAGUAGCAGAUUCAAUCAUUGGAUAUGCUUAUUGUAGUUGGUUUAAACCACGUGUUGGUUAUCGUUUCUCAAUGGAAUUAACGAUUUAUCUUGAUAAAGACAUGUGUGGUAAAGGUUACGGUAGUCAAUUAUUAAAUGCUCUACUACAUGAAGCUGAAUUAGUUGGUGUUCGAAAAAUGAUUGCAUGUAUUGGUGACUCAACUAAUGAAGGAUCUAUUAGAUUACAUCGUGCUGCCGGCUUUUCUCAUGUUGGUAUAAUGAAAUCUUGUGGAUGGAAAUUUAAUCGAUGGAUUGAUGUCAUAUUUAUGGAAAAAAGUAUUGGUGAUGGUGAUACUACAGCUCCUGAAUAA